UGAAUGCGUCUUCAUGUAAUAGGAGUAGAAACAUAUGAGCUUGCUCGUCCUUUGUCAGGUCCUUUGUCCCGCCGAUUUUUGCCGCGGCGUGGACGAUGAAGAUUGCAUUGUUAUCAGACUUACACACAGAGUUCUCGGAUGGAGACUUCAAGCUCGGUGACGCUCUGUGCGCUCAGGCGCAGGCUGCCUGCGAUGUCCUUAUCCUCGCAGGGGACAUAGGCGAGCCAUUCAUGCCUAAUUAUGCUGCCCUACUAUCAGAAUGCUCCCAGAAUAUCAAAUGCACCCUGCUGCUGGCGGGAAACCGAGAAUAUUAUGCAAACGGCGCUACCAUGGCGGAGGUUGACGCCCAGAUUGACUUGCUUUGCUGCGCCCUGGGUAAUGUGCACUACCUGAACAACCGCGAGCUUAGGCUGGGCGGCAUUACUUUCGUUGGUUCCACGCUGUGGAGCUACAUCCCGCCAGAGCAGGCGGACGCGAUGUCGGACAUGCUGUGCUUUUGGGAGGCCUACACCGCCCCCAACCAGCGCCUCACGCCCGAGGCCUCCAGCCGCCUGUUCACAGCCAACCUGGACUUCCUCGCCGCAGCCCUAGAUCGCGCCCGCGCCCGCCGCGCCGCAGCCCUGGAGCGCCGGGCCCACGCCGCACGCGCUUCCCACGCCGCCGGCGCAGCCCACGCAACCCAGGCCGCCCACACCUCAUCACCAUUGCGCGCGGGUGACGCGGCCCGUGCCGCUGCAGCGGCUGCCAUAGCUGCCGCGACGCCGGCGACCCGCACCGCGGCCACCGCAGGAGGCGGCAAUGGCCGCAGCCAGCGCUGCAGCUCAGCGUUAGUGGAGUUGGCGCCGAUGGGACAAGAGCAGGAAGAAGAAGCGGAGGUGGUGGUGGUUGUGACACACCACGCGCCGCUCAUGGACGUCAGUCAGCCACCCGAGUUCCGUGGCGGCCCCCACACGCCCGCCUACGCCUCAGACCUGCGGCCCUUCAUCCUUCAGCAGCAGCAGCUGGACCAGCAGCUGUGGCAGAGCUGGCAUGAGCAGUUUCGGAGGCAGCAGCUGAGGCAGCCUGGGGAAGUGGAUCCGGGGCAGCAGCAGUACCACCCGGCAUCGCCAGAGCUGCCACAGCCGCCGCAGCCGCCGCGGGAGCCACCGCUGCUGGCGAUGUGGGUGAGCGGCCACACACAUCACAACUACGACGUGCAGGUGGGGGGAACACGGGUGGUUACCAACCAGUACGGCUACCAGAAGGGCCGGCCCCUGCGCCGCUUCAGGCCGGGGCUGCUACUGGAGGUGGGCGGCGGGGCCAAGGGCGGGGCUCAGCAGCAGCAGCAGCAGCAGCAGCAGCAGCAGCAGCAGCUACAGCCUCCGCAGCCGCUGCCGCGGCUACAGCCAUCACAGGCAGCAGAAGCAGGGGCGGCAGUGAGUGCAGCCCUGGCAGCGGGCCGUGCGUGUGGCGAGGAAGGUGGUGGGAGAGCAGGUUAUCUUAAUGGAGGAGGCGCGGGGCAUACGCAGGAGGCGGAGAGCGGGGGGGUGGCUACAGCUACUCGCGUGUCAGCAGAUGCUAUAGGGGCUGCCGGGUGGCAAAACACGGCGCCGUUUGUGGCGGCUGCACCCAUGCAUGAAGGGCAUGGUCAGCAGGGGUCGGAGCAGGCGGGGUUGUCCAGCAGCUGUGCACGCACACAGGGCAUGACGCGGCCGGCGCUAAGCGGCCGGCAGGGACAAGGUGGCGGUGCUGGUGGCGGCGUGGCGGCGGCUGCAGGGCCUGAUGACGUGCACGUGCGGGUAACACGGGCCCAUUAUGCCGAGCCUGCUGCUGGGGCCGGUGUGGCCGGUGUGGCCGGUGUGGUCAGCGCUGGCGCAGCAACGGCUGCAUCGCGGGUGGCGGCACUGUAUCAGGCACAUGGUGGUGGCGGCGACGGCCCCGCCCUCCCCGCCCUCCCACCAGGCCGGCAAGGCGGGGGCCGGAAGCUGAGCCCAUUUGAGCGGAUGCAGCUUGGCGGGCAGCAGGCAGCGGGCCGCGGGGGCGGUGACGUGGUGGAUAGCGUAGCAGGCUCCGGGGAGACUGCAGCUGAGCAGGUGGCGGCCGGCGGUGGUCACACAAGCGGCGCCGGCCGCGAUGGUGCAGCCGAGGAGGAUGGCAGUGUGAGCGGGGAGUCGGAGGGCGGGUGGGGCGGGCAGCAGCAGCAGCAGCAGCAGGCGGGGAACGCGGAGGUGCUGCCAAGCUGGCUGCGGCAGUUUGUGUGCCUGUAGCAUAGGGUAACGGUACCGUUCAAUUUUUGGAUGGGCGGGGGAGAGGAUGUGAGGGAAGACUCCCGAGAGGGAACAUCAGAAGUGAGCACCUAGCGCCCCGGAGCCUCUUGGCUGCGACGUCUUUGCUUGCACUUGACGUGACGUUUAUGCCUGGGCGGAAGGCGAUCAGCGUUGCUGCAUUUCGCACAUUUCAGUCAGGCCAGACCGCCAAGGAUCAUUUGCCAGACCGCCAAGGGUUGGGAUGGUGAGGUUCUGAUGGUGAGGCAGGGACGCGUCACAGACACACGUCCGCCCGUUGGCGCAUCGGAUGCACUUUGGGAAGGCACUUUGACAUGAAAGCAUCGCUGUGUGACUGGCUUGAUGAGGUGGCGGGUAUUCUGCGCGUGCCGCGCGGGGGUGUGAUGCGAGUAGACUUGUCGAUGGGGAGGC